AUAGAUGUUCACGGGCCAGCAUGGUCCCAGAAGAAAGAAACAAUGCGAUCUAUUAUCGCGUUGGUGAGGCAACGAGAUUAUUUCGUUCAGGCGAUGCGUCGAACACCUGGUGUGUCAUAUUCACCUGCGUUAGAUCAUCAACCUAACUUCAAAGCCUCGAACUUUCUCACUACCCUAACCUGUUCGACGAAAUCUAGUGACUCAGACGGAGACGAAGAGCCCAACAAGUCUUUGUCUCGUAGAAUCGAGAAGCUACCGAAAGGAGUAACUGUUGGGUCUGCUUUGCAGAGCUGGAUGGGCGAUGGGUUCCCAGUUCAUGGUGGGGAUGUCUAUCACGCCAUCAAUCGAUUGAGAAAGCUUGGUAGAAACAAACGUGCCCUCGAGUUAAUGGAGUGGAUCAUCAGAGAAAGACCAUACCGUCCCGGGGAGCUAGAAUACUCCUACUUACUCGAAUUCACAGUCAAGAUCCACGGCAUCUCGCAAGGCGAAACGCUCUUCACACGCGUCCCUCAAGAGUUUCAGAACGAGCUUCUCUACAACAACCUCGUCAUCGCUUGCCUAGACCAAGGCGUCAUGAGACUCGCCCUGGGUUACAUGAAGAAGAUGAGAGAGCUCGGUCACCGUACAUCGCAUCUGGUCUACAACCGUCUUAUAAUCCGCAACUCGGCUCCUGGAAGAAGAAAACUCAUCGCCAAAGACCUCGCGCUGAUGAAAGCAGACAAGGCGGUUCCUCAUGUCUCGACGUAUCAUAUCUUGAUGAAGCUUGAGGCUAAUGAACAUAACGUUGAUGGUGUGCUAAAGGCUUUUGAGGGUAUGAAGAAAGCUGGCGUUGAGCCGAACGAGGUUUCUUAUUGUAUAUUGGCGAUGGCGCAUGCUGUUGCGAGGUUGUAUACGGUUGCUGAAGCCUAUACGGAGGAGAUCGAGAGAACUAUCACUGGGGAUAACUGGUCGACGUUAGAUGUGUUGAUGAUUCUGUACGGGCGUUUAGGUAAAGAAAAGGAGGUGGAGAGAGCGUGGAAUGUUGUGAAAGGGUUUCAUCACGUAAGGUCGAAGAGUUACUUGCUGGCCACGGAAGCGUUUGGACGAGUAGGGAAUCUUGAGAGAGCUGAAGAGGUUUGGUUAGAGAUGAAGAGCGUAAGAGGAGUUAAAGAGACAGAGCAGUUCAACUCUCUGAUGUCUGUAUACUGCAAACGCGGUUUGAUAGAGAAGGCAAUAAGUGUGUUCCGAGAGAUGACUGGAGAUGGGUGUAAGCCUAACUCGAUAACGUAUAGGCAUCUUGCUUUAGGGUGUGCUAAGGCCAAUUUGAUGAAGGAAGCUCUCAAGAACAUUGAGAUGGGUUCGAGUGUAAAGACGAGCAAGAGUGUUAGAAGCUCAACGCCGUGGCUGGAGACGACGCUGGCGAUCGUCGAGUGUUUUGCGGAGAGAGGUGAUGUGGAGAACUCGGAGAAGCUGUUUGAAGAGCUGAGUAGUGCUAAGUAUAAUAGGUAUGCGUUUGUGUAUAACGCUCUGUUCAAGGCUUAUGUGAAAGGCAGGGUGUAUGAUCCUAAUCUGUUCAAGAGGAUGGUUCUUGGUGGAGCUAGACCUGAUGCUGAGUCUUACAGCUUGUUGAAACUUGUUGAACAAUAUAAACCCUGACUGCAUUUUUUUUUUGGUAAAUCUUACAAAGUCUCUUAAGCUUAAGUUGAGUUAAGAAUAAACAUAAUAGCUUUGUAACUACUUCAUCACGGGCUCAAAGUCAAAGGGAGCUAGCCGUUCAAGUUGAUGGAGCCGAGGAAAGAAGCAGGGAAUCUAUAGCUCUGGGCAGACAUGCUAUCAAGUGGACUAUUGGACCUUUGUCUCUUUUUGGGUCCUACCAGGGGGUCAAACAUGUAAAAGUCAAAGCGUCUAAAUAUUCGUUCACACGGUCACAUGAUCCAAUGAGACAAAGGGAGGCUCAAAUGCAAAACAAUCAUACACAAAACCUCUUUUAUUUUCGCUUUUGUCCUGGAUUACCACAUUUUCCUUAG